GCUCCAUCACUUCUUCAUUCUACAGCUCCAUUAUGGUUAUGAACAUGUUCGUCACUGACCAAACUAACAACAAAAUCGAUCACGAUACCUCGACCGGGGUUGUUGAUGUUGGUAUUGAAUUAAAGGAUUGGCCGAGGGAAUUGAAGAAGAAGAGGAAACAUUGUUACGAGGACGAGAUAAACGAGCCGACGACGAAGAAGAACAAGGUCGUCAAGCUAAAGGAGGCGACGGGGUUGGUUGAGCCGAAGAGGAAUGUAUACCAAUGUAAGGAAUGCAAGCAGGAUUUCGAUAAUUUUCGAGCGCUUGGCGGGCAUAUGGCUUCGCAUAAUAGAAAGAUGAGGAGCGAUGAUGAUCUUAUGAACACUAGUUAUAAAUGUCCAAUAUGCCAUCACGUUUUCAAUGAUUUUCGAGCUCUCGGCGGGCAUAUAGCUUCGCAUAACAGAAAGGACAGAGCCGAGAAAGCUGCUUUAGGGGGAGACAGCUCGUUAUGUAUCGUAGCAGGAUCGUCGGUUGGCAGUUUGAGAGACAAGAGUUACGAGUGUAAUAUUUGCUACAAGAAGUUUUUAACCGGGCAGGCGCUUGGAGGUCAUAAAACUUAUCAUAGGAAAAUUGCUGACAGUUUGAUUCACGCUCAGGAAAAUCCUGAAGGUAAACUCAGAUCGAAUCAAGUUUCGUCACAUCCUGAAACUCGAGUUAAAUCAAGUUGUGGAAAAGUAAUCCUUUUCGGAAUUGAUUUGAAUGCCUCCCCAUCUGUUGCAAGAUGCUAAAUUAUUUUAGUUAGUUUAGGACUUCAAUUUAAUUUUUCUUUUUGAACUACGGCAAUUGGUUUAACAGCUGAAAGUAGUUUGUAGCAGUAGAAUUCACCCCAGUUGGGGGAAUUGGUUUUCUAUAUUUCAAGAAUUUUGAUAUGUAAAUAUAUAUUUGUUCGAAUUAUAAUCUAGUUAA